UCCCACCUUGGAAGUUAGAAUUAUCUAUGAUUCAAUCACAAUAUCACAACAAUUAAGCUUAGAGAGAAUUAAUUAACACUGCUAAAAGAGUGGAAUGUACGAAUGAAAUAUUUUGCAAAUCAAAAGAAUUCAACGGACAGGAACAAGGCUAAGAGGAAAAUCAGGAUUGCAGAUAUCAACACAGAUCAGGCUUGGUUUCGUUGCGGGUUAUAAAUGGGAAAUCGCAACUGAGUUACAAGCACCAGAUCUUCUACAACACUGAGGAACGGCGACAGGAUUCGGCACCACCACAAUCAGUGAACUCGGUGGCGGCGGACACAGGCGACGUCUCUGAGCAGAACAGGUUUGAGCGAGCCGGAUUGUGUUGAGACGCGGUUAGGAGAAGCUUCUUCGCCAUUACCGCGUCAUCCCAAAGCAGCAGUGAUACUGAAGAUGAGCUGUUGACUUCGGAGGCCUGAUCGGAACUCGCAGUCUUCAUCUCCUUCUACUUCAGUUUCUCGUUGGCAGUCCAUACUUCGGGUAGGCUAGAAGGGCAUAGCCCAAAGACCAAAAAGAAGAAAAACGGAACCCAUUCUGAUUCUUCGUUUGGAAGAUGUAAUUACUAAAUUACCCUUCAUUGAUAGCAGAUAAGUAGCUAGCUACUUGGAUACGGCUUUUUACUUGUUGGGGGAAGAAGAAGAAGCAGAAGCUUCUGAGUUCUAACAAUGGCUUCCUCGGUUACCUCUUCUAUUCAGAUCAGCAAUUUGAAGACAGUCUUUUUGGGUGAGAGAAAUAAGGUCAGAGUUUCAACUCUUCCUGCUGCAAAUGUUGGUUUCCGUAGAAUGACUAUAGAAUGUAAGGAGUCACGAAUUGGAAAGCAACCAAUUGAAGUGCCAUCCAAUGUUAAAAUCAAAUUAGAAGGGCAGGAUAUACAGGUAAAAGGUCCCCUGGGAGAACUUGGAUUAACUUAUCCUCGUGAAGUGAUUGUUGAGAGACAGGAGUCAGGGGCCCUAAGGGUUAGAAAGGCGGUCGAAACUAGAAGGGCUAAUCAAAUGCAUGGGCUUUUUAGGACGCUUACAGACAACUUGGUCGUUGGAGUAUCUAAAGGUUUUGAAAAGAAACUUCAACUGGUCGGUGUUGGAUACCGUGCCAUGGUAGAAGGAAAAGAGAUAGUGCUGAAUCUUGGAUUCUCUCACCCUGUUAAGAUGACAAUUCCUGAUGGCCUGAAAGUGAAAGUAGAAGAAAACACCAGAAUCACCAUCAGCGGAUAUGACAAGUCUGAUAUUGGCCAGUUUGCUGCUUCAAUUCGUAGAUGGAGACCCCCGGAACCAUACAAAGGUAAGGGUAUCAAAUAUGCUGAUGAAAUUAUAAGGAGAAAAGAAGGAAAAGCAGGGAAGAAGAAGUAACUGUGGCUUCAGUUUUCAUUUUUCAUUUACUUCAUGUUGAUUUUCUCAUUUGUUAGUUAGUAAUGAAAAAUACUAAAGUUCCAAGCCAAAGAAAUUCAUAUUGAUUAUCGUAAGCUAGAAUCACAUCUUCUCUACUUAUGGUCUUUUAAUCGUGGCCAAAUUUAUUAUAAUGUCAAUGUAAUUAGUUUGGUUAGGAAAAGAAAACUAUGAUACAA